AUGGCUAUUGAGCUAUGCUCGGAAAAUCUCACCAUCGUCAGUCCAAGAAUCUCAUUUUCUUAUUGUCUUCUCCAAUCGGAAACCCUCCCAGUAGAACAGCUAAUCCCUCUGCGCAAAAACUCCUCGCCGUUAGAUUCAACAGCCGAGUUCGACUUUUGCAUUUUCAAGAACUUCAGUCCAGAUCUGUCGCCGGCCGACGAGAUUUUCUUGAACGGAAAAAUUAUUCCUCUGGGCAUCAAGAACAAUUCCUCCUCCGCCGAUCAAGAACGAACCUCCUUGCCGCCGCCGCCAGCGUCGCCACAACCAUGUUUGUUUCUUGAUGGUAUUAAUAGUAAUUCUCGUCAACUUUCAGACAAGCAGGAGAGGUUUAAGGAGAAGAGGAGCUGGUUCAAGAGGAGUUGUAGCUUGAACAGUUGCGUCGGCGGCCAUGGAAGAAGCUUGUGUUCUCUGCCAGUUUUAUCAAGAAGCAAAUCUAUUGGGUUUCCGCAGACAUCAAAGAAUAAUUCCAAGAAGCAUAAACUGAAGAAGAAGAAGAAGAAGAAGAUGGGUAGUAACCAGAAGUACAGUGGAAAUGGUCAUGUUGUUCAUCAAGCUGUAAAUGGUUCUAUCUUGAAUGUCCCUUUAGCCAAUAUAUUUUGUUUAGGCUUCUUUGCGGCCAGUAUCAAGAAGAAGAAAAGAUAA